GAUGAGCACAUCCGUCAUCCGCCACCAUCCGCCAUUUGCGAUAGAAAAGCCGAACGUUGUAUUGCUGUUCCGCGGCGCGAGUGACGUCGGUUUGACUAUGUCGAGUGUAUAAAUUAUUAUUUAAAUAAAACUGUGAACAGUGUCUGCUUUUGACCGGUUAAAAUGAUUGUGAGAUUAUUGAGCCUGUUGUUCGUGGGGAUUUUAGCGGUCUCGGUGCAGAACGUCGUAGCCAACAACGACAAUGAAGACGUCCCGUACCUGGAGCUGGCGGAGCCGGAAGAGGGCUACCAUGGGCUGAUCCGCGAGAACGAGACCCUGGUAGAGGUGACACCAGCCAUACGCGCUCGCGGCCCGCUCUGCUCCUUCCUCAUCCUCAACAACAAGCACCAUGGGGAGGCGCCUUUCGAGAUCAUGGUAAUAGACGAGAACGAAGCGCGGCUGCGCGUGCGCUAUCCGCUCAACUGCGAGAAGCGGCGCAACUACAAGUUUGAUAUCGCCGCAGUCGGCUGCGAUGGCUCCUACUCUAAUACGGUUCCUGUACACAUAACGGUAUCGGACGUGAAUGAGUUCGCGCCAGUGUUCAGCCAGGCGGCUUACGUGUGCAGCGUGGACGAAGGCAAGAUGUACGACGAGCUGGUGCGCGUGGAGGCCACGGAUAGAGACUGUACGCCGCACUAUGGCGACGUCUGCAAGUACGAGAUCCUCGACGACAACGACCAGCCCUUCACUAUCGAUAAUGAAGGAGUGAUCCGCAACACGGAGCCGCUGGACUACGAGAAGUCACACAACCACAUCCUGUCAGUGGUGGCGUACGACUGCGGCAUGAUGCAGUCCGCGCCCGUCAUGGUCACCAUCAAGGUCAACAAGCCCUGCCGUGCCGGAUGGAAGGGUCUGGCCGAGCGCGUGGACUACGCGCCGGGGUCGGGCCCGCUGGCGCUGUUCCCGGCCGCGCGGCUGGAGGCGUGCACCAGCGACGAGCGGUGCCCGGCCGUCACCCGCAUCCAGGCGCUCGUCUCGCUGCGGGCCUCGCGCGCCGGCGCAGCCUGCGACCGCGACACCUACUCGCUGCACUCACAGCGCGCCAUAUGCGGUCUGGACCCGAAAACUAUCGAUCUUCUGCCGAGCCCCGGAGCGGGCAACGAGUGGGCCAAGUCCUUGAAACCAGAAUCAGGACACGACGGCGAGGAGAUGUUCGAGUUCGACGGCGAGACGACGUCGGCGGUGGUGCCGGAGAGCGUGCUGGGCCACUCGCUGGGCAGCAGCUUCGCCAUCUCCACCUGGCUGCGACACGCGCCGCGCCCCGACCAGGACAAGCACCGCAAAGAGCACGUGCUCUGUCUCGCCGACGACCACAAGAUGAACCGUCACCACUACGCGCUGUUCGUGCGCAACUGCCGGCUGAUCUUGUUGCUGCGGCGCGACUUCGGCGAGGGCGACCUCAACAUCUUCCGUCCCGCAGAGUGGCGCUGGAAGAUACCGGAGGUGUGCGAUAACGAGUGGCAUCACUACGCCAUCAACAUCCGCUUCCCGACUGUGGAGCUGUUCGUGGACGGCGAGCCGUACCGCGCGGUGGACGGCAAGGGGCCCGAGGUCAUCGACGACUGGCCGCUGCAUCCCGCGCACGGCAUCAACACCACACUCGUCGUCGGCGCUUGCUGGCAAGGCACGGAGGGAGACAUGAAGCACCACCUGCGCGGCUGGCUGGCGGGGCUGGGCGUGCUGCCCGGCGCCCAGCAGCCCGCCGCCGCCCUGCGCUGCGCCGCGCGCUGCCGGGAGGGGCUCAGCCUCGCCCCCGAUCUAUAUCUGAAGUCUGUGUCGGUGGAGGGCGACGGCGCGGGCGAGGUGGAGACGCUGGUGCGGCGAGUGGCGUACGGCGACGCCCGCGCCUUCCCCACCCCCGGCAGACGCAACGUGCACCUCGACACCACCAUCACGUGCGACAACGGACGCAUAAUAAAGGCGCGGCCCGCGGAGUCGUACGUGAUGGUGCUGCAGCCGCAGACGCCCAGCAUCCUGCUGAACGGCAGCGGCGACGCGGCGCGAGACUACGCGCACUUCCGCGCCGGCCUGCGCGUCUUCGCCGACCUCAGCGUGCGCGUCGUGGCGCGCGACCACGGCACGCUGCACGAGACGGCGAGCCAGAAGCUGGACUCGUGCACGGUGUCGGUGUACCCGGCGCUGAACCCCGACCACGAGGCGCUGGCGCUGCGCGGCGGAGUGCUGCCCGCCAGCGACGUGCGCGCCGCGCUCUCCCGCGACGGCGUCACUCUCAGCGGCGCGGACUCCGUACACAACUACCAGAAGGUGCUGCGCUCCAUCGAGUACAGUAACAAGAAGCCGGCGUACUAUCUCAACCGCGUCUUCAAGCUCACCUGCUCCGAGCUCAACGGCCGCUUCACCAGCAACGAGUACAUACAGACGUUGACUGUGGUGCAUCCCCGAGCUAGCUCGUCGGGCGAAACUGCGCACGCGCUGCGCCCCAGCGGGCUGGCCGACAAGCUGGACGCCGUCGCCAGGGACAAGGUUCCGCACGCGGCUGAAGGUCUGGAGGGUCUGGCGACUGCGCCGCGCGUGUUCGCCGCACACGCGCAGCGCAACGCGCACGCCGCCGAGCUGCCCGCGCCGCGCCUGCUGGACCUGCGCCCCGAACACGAGCACGCCCAAACCAACCACGUGGCGCUGGUGAUGGGUGCGGUGGCGACGGGCGCGGUGGUGGCGCUGGUUGCGGUGGGCGUGGCCCGCGCGCGCUCCGCCCGCCGCCCCGCCCCCGGCCCGCGAGCCCGCCCCCUGCCCCGCCCCGACGCCGAGAUGGCCUGGGACGACUCCGCGCUCACCAUCACCGUCAACCCCAUGGACGAUAGUGUGGGCGCGGUGGGCGCGGUGGGCGAGGAGUGUGGGCGCGCGGGCGACAGCUCGGCCGAGUCCUGCUCCGACUCCGACAGCGACAGGAACGACUCCGAGGACGAUGACGACGACGACGGUGAACCUCUGCCGGGCAAGCAGCACAAGUACCGCAACAUCAGCCAGCUGGAGUGGGACAACAGCACGAUGUAAUGCCCCGCCCCCGGCCGCGCCCCCGCCCCCGCCCCGGGCACGCC